GAGACCAGCCAGGGCAACGUAAAGAGAGCCCCCACCAACACCUCCCCCCACCCACCACCAACACCUCCCCCCACCCACCACCACCGCCCCCGAAAAGCAGUGGUUCUCAAACGUCAGCGGACAUUGGUAUCAUCUGGUGGGCUUAUUAAAACAAGAGUCUCUGGAUUCAGGAGGUCUGGGGUGGGGCUUGAGAAUUUGCAUUUCCAAUAAAUUCCAAGCCGGAACUCCAGGAAGAUAACCUACAUUCGGCGCCUGGCGAAGCCCAGCUACGCCAUUUCCUUCCUAGGCCCCGCCUACUCCGUGUCCCUAACAGCCAGGGACUGGCUAGAGGGCGCGCGGAGUCACGUGAGUCGAGCGACCUCGCGCGAGAGUUUGUAUUUCUCGCGAGACUUCACCGUCUCUGUCUUUUCCUCCUUCCAGUGCCCGGCGUUCCUCCCCUCCCCCUCGCCGCCGACCGAGUUCUUCCUUUUCAGACCGGGUCGCCUUGCUGUCGUCGGCGGUGAUUUUCCUGCUACUGCUACUGCUGCUGCUGCCGCCGCCACUACCACUGGGCUCAUUUGCCCCGACCCCUUCCCGCCGCCCCGCCCCCAGCCCCACACAAGAUGUCAGAGGAUUUAGCAAAGCAGCUGGCAAGCUACAAAGCUCAGCUCCAGCAAGUUGAAGCUGCAUUAUCUGGAAAUGGAGAAAAUGAAGAUUUGCUAAAAUUGAAGAAAGACUUACAAGAAGUUAUAGAACUAACCAAAGACCUUCUGUCAACUCAACCUUCUGAGACGCUUGCAAGUUCAGACAGUUUUGCUUCUACUCAACCUACUCAUUCAUGGAAAGUAGGAGACAAGUGUAUGGCAAUCUGGAGUGAAGAUGGACAGUGUUAUGAAGCGGAGAUUGAGGAGAUAGAUGAAGAAAAUGGCACCGCUGCAAUCACCUUUGCUGGUUAUGGCAAUGCUGAAGUGACUCCAUUGUUGAACCUCAAGCCUGUAGAAGAAGGAAGGAAGGCAAAGGAGGACAGUGGCAACAAACCCAUGUCAAAAAAAGAAAUGAUUGCCCAGCAGCGUGAAUAUAAAAAGAAGAAAGCUUUGAAAAAAGCUCAGAGAAUAAAAGAACUUGAGCAGGAAAGAGAGGACCAGAAAGUGAAAUGGCAACAAUUCAACAACAGAGCCUAUUCUAAAAACAAAAAAGGCCAGGUAAAGAGGAGUAUUUUUGCUUCACCUGAGAGUGUGACUGGUAAAGUUGGAGUAGGAACCUGUGGAAUUGCUGAUAAACCUAUGACACAAUAUCAAGAUACCUCUAAAUACAAUGUCAGGCAUUUGAUGCCUCAAUAAUCAGAAAAACUGUUGGAUUUCAUCUCUGCAGGGCUUUACAUUUACCUUUUUAUCCUUAUAUUUUUCUAAAGGUAAAUUAUUUGUUAGAUGAGUAAGCAAGAUACCAUUGUCGUCAUUGGUUGGCUUCAGUAGAAUGAAACGUGAAGAAAUUGCAUUUGAUAACUGCUAUUCAUUUAACUUUUCUCAUUAUCAGUACCACGGUUCCCUCAAAGUUUGUUGAAUAAAGCAACUUUUGUAGAUGCUGUUUCGUACAGCACUUAGAUGAAUUAUUGAUCUUCCUAAUAUCAGGCGCCUACUUAACCUAUGGUAUGUACUUUUUGUAAGUUGUAACUUGAAAUUUUCAGAUGCUUUGAACUUGACACAUACUCUAGCAAUUCAUUGGAACACCAAGGCAAAAACACCAACCUGCUAAAAGAGAUCUUUUCAUUUUUCUUAUUUUCAGCUUUAAAACUUAGCUGUCGUUCAGUUAAGCUUAAAGAUAGGUUAAUUUGUAAAUUGCAAAGUUUGUUUUGAGGUUUUUCCUCAAUAACUUGUUUCCCAGGCCUAUUAGGCCAUCUCUAAAAUUGAUCUAGCUGUUUUAUUUUUAUGUACUCUUAGUUUUAUGUAAGAAACCUUAGGAUGAGCUCCCUUUUCUAAGGUGUUUUUGUUUUUUGUAUGUUUGCUUUUUUCCUGUUUUUUGUUUUUUCCAUUUACGGCAGUGGUACCAUGUUUUGGAUGUGUGAUGUUUAUAUGGGAGAACAAAAAGCUGAUGUAUAGCCCUGUAUACAGUGUAGAUACUAUUUUUGUAAAAACACAAGGCUAAAUUAAUGAACAAGAAUACUGAAUAUUUCAUCAUUAAAAAGUUCUUGUAUUUCUUGUGCAUUAAUCUGACGAUAAUUUCCCUGUAUAUUAUGUUCAUUUAGCUGUUUGUAAUUUUUGUUAAUUAGAUCAGGUUGUCUGCAUUUGUUGGUGUAAGUGAACAUCAUCACAGUUAUCCUGAGUUGAGUUUAAGCCAAAUACAUGCAUAGAAAUGGGUCUUCCUAUUAAUGGAAGAAGGUAAUUUUUAGGAUGUGUAUUAUUUCAGUUUUGUAUGUUUAACUUUUAUUAAAUAAAGUGUUUUUAAAAUCUC